CGUCAGUACUAAAAAUCUAUAGCACGUGUGACGUGAAAUAUAGAUUUUUAGUACUGACGGUGAAUAUCGGGUCACAGCCCUAUUAAAGAGAAAGUCAGUACAUCGGGGUGAUUAUAUUUUUGUAUAUUUGUCUAUUCACUUCAAGCCAAUUAUUUUUUUGCUGUGAAAAGUGCACAAUAAAAUUUAUAAACCUCAGAGAUGGAGUAAUCUCUGAGCUCUUAUGUGACGCUAAAAUGAAUCGCAUCCUAUAGGAUGACCGCAACUGUUGUGUGUAACUGUUGUUUGAGGUUAAGGUUCUAAGAGAAACUGUCAGAUCGAGGAAGGUCUUCGUCUAUUUGACAUUUCAAGAAGCUGACGGAUUACGCGAUAAAAAGAAACGAUGGCGGGUUCAGCUCUCAGACGACUGAUGGCAGAAUAUAAACAGCUAACCUUGAAUCCACCUGAGGGUAUUAUAGCCGGCCCGAUUAACGAAGAAAACUUCUUUGAAUGGGAGGCUCUCAUUACUGGACCAGAAGGAACAUGUUUUGAGGGUGGAGUGUUCCCAGCAAAGUUAAUAUUUCCUCCAGAUUAUCCAUUGAGUCCUCCAAAGAUGCAGUUCACCUGUGAGAUGUUUCAUCCUAACAUAUAUGCAGAUGGAAGAGUUUGUAUAAGUAUAUUACAUGCUCCUGGUGAUGAUCCAAUGGGUUACGAAAGCAGUGCGGAAAGAUGGAGUCCGGUACAAAGUGUGGAGAAGAUAUUGUUGAGUGUGGUAAGUAUGUUGGCAGAGCCGAAUGACGAAAGUGGAGCCAAUGUAGAUGCGGCUAAAAUGUGGCGAGAAGAUCGCAGCGAAUUUGAGAGAAUAGCACAGAAGCUAGUGAGAAAGACUCUGGGUAUUCCGCCUUAGAGCAAAGUGAUAAAAUAAAUUUAUUAAAUAAGAGAAGGAAGAAAAAAAUAUGACAACUGUUACGUUUAUGCGACUGAGUAGCGCUUUCCUGUGUAAAGUAAUAAAAUUUUUAUCUGUGUGUAGCA